CAUCCUAGGUCUCCAAAUUAUCAGUUGAAAAGCAAUGGAGAUCAUCAGCGCAACCUCCGUUUCCUCUAUUCUUCUAUGGCUCUUCAUGUUUUUCACUUACACAAGUGCCAAAGUUCACUACCAUGAGUUUGUUGUUGAAGCUACGCCAGUGAAGAGGCUGUGCAGAACCAACCACGUCAUUACGGUGAACGGGCAAUAUCCAGGGCCUACAUUGGAGGUUAAUAAUGGAGACUCUCUGGUGAUUAAAGCUGUGAACAAGGCAAAAUACAACCUCACCCUCCACUGGCACGGGGUUCGACAGUUGAGGAACGGGUGGGCCGAUGGGCCGGUGUUCGUGACUCAGUGCCCGAUCCGGCCCGGGGCGAGCUACACGUACCGGUUCACAAUACAAAAGCAAGAGGGCACGCUGUGGUGGCACGCGCACAACUCGUGGCUCAGGGCCACCGUGCACGGCGCCAUCGUCAUCCGUCCUAAGGAGGGCACCACCUAUCCAUUCCCCAAGCCCCAAAGAGAAUUCCCUGUAAUUAUUGGGGAAUGGUGGAAUAGGGACCCAAUGCAGGUUAUAAGGCAAGCACUUAAGACAGGGGCAGCUCCAAACACGUCAGACGCUUACACAAUCAAUGGCCAACCCGGAGAUUUCUUCGAAUGCUCCAGCAAAGAGACCACUAUACUUCCGGUGGCGGCCGGUGAGACCAACCUCCUCCGGUUCGUCAACGCGGCGAUGGAAAACGAGCACUUCAUAUCCAUCGCCGGCCACUCCAUGACCGUUGUCGGCAUCGACGCCGCCUACACCAAGCCCUACACCACCCCCUACCUCAUGCUCGCACCGGGGCAGACCACCGACGUCCUCGUGACCACCAACCAGCCCCCCGGCCGGUACUACCUCGCUGCGCACGUCUAUGAGAGCGGCCGUGGCAUCCCCUUCGACAACACCACCACCACCGCGAUCCUCGAAUACAAAUCCGGCGCCUGCGGCGCCGGCGGCCCCCCGCCGAGGCUCCCCGUCCUCCCGGCCUUUAACGACACCCCCGCGAAGACCGCAUUCGUCGCGGGGCUUCGAAGCCUCGGCCCGGUGGAUCUCCCCGGCCCGGUCGACGAGCACCUGUUCUUCACUGUGGGGCUAGGCCUGUUCAACUGCCCCCGUUCAAAGCCAUGUGGGGGUCCAAACGGAACCCGUUUUGGCGCCAGCAUGAAUAACAUCUCGUUCACACAACCGAGAACGGUCUCGAUACUACAAGCAGAUUAUUUCGGCAUUCCAGGUGUAUUCACCUCCGACUUUCCCCCCGUCCCUCCGAUCCCGUUCGAUUACACGGCGAACAAUAUCAGCCGUUCAUUGCAGCAGCCCGUGCGCGGGACCAAAGUGUACAGAUUGAAGUUCGGGUCCGUGGUGCAACUUGUGAUGCAGGGGACCAACAUCUUUGUGGGAGAGGAACACCCCAUGCACAUCCACGGGUACCAGUUCUACGUGCUCGCGACCGGGUUCGGGAACUACGACCCCGUGCGCGACCCGGCCAAGUUCAACCUCGUCGACCCGCCGAUGCGGAACACGGUCGGAGUGCCGGUUAGCGGCUGGGCCGUGAUCCGGUUCAGGGCGGACAAUCCCGGGAUCUGGUUCGUGCACUGCCACAUCGACUCACACCUCACGUGGGGCCUCGCGAUGGCGUUCCAGGUGGAGAACGGCGUCGGGCUGCUGGAGUCGGUGCUGCCGCCGCCGGUCGACCUACCCAUUUGUUGAGGGAAUGCUUGCGUGAUUUCUGUAAUUUCUCUACUGUUUGAUCUACUAGUCAUAUAGUUUGCGUGCGGUUCUCACUUAAGCUUUAGGGCCCAGAUUGUUUGCGAGCCGGGAUUGAGUUAAUUGAUGCAGUUCAAUUCUUGGAUGUAAUUCAUUUAUGUUGUUUGUGAGUAUGCUCAUGGCAUAUGGGCUCAAAAUUAGGCAUAAUUUGUUGAAGUCUUAUUUCAAAUUGUUAGUAACAUUUCAGUGUAAUGUGUUUAUAUAUAAUAAUAAGUGAUUUUCCUUCUUUUUCCAAA